UUCUGUCGCUAAAAGCAUAGAAACCAAAAUUGUAUUUAAUCAAAUAUUUCCAAUUAACCAUCUAAAAAGAAAGAGGGAAGUUUGUAGCAAAAUCUCAACCUCUGCGUCUCUAUCUUCAAUCUUGACUCUCGACCCAACCAAACAAUUGGUUUUACAAAUUUGUGGUACCCAAAACUCACAACUUUAAUUAUUCUUCAAAGGCAAAAACAGUUCCACGUAGUCACAUAAAUCUUCCAAAAUGAAACGAAGGUUUUCCUUCAGAGAAUCCUUUCAGAAUAAACCUCAAUAUUAACAUAAUCCUACUCAGCCUAUGUGCCCACCACACCAUUGUCUUUCUUCCUUCUUCUUCCUCUCUUUCCUCUCCACAGAUUCGUGGCCUCUAUUUCAACUCACUCUUUUCAAUAUUUUGUGCCACCACACCAUUGUCUUUUCUUCCUUCUUCUUCCUCUCUUUCCUCUCCAAGAUUCGUGGCCUGUAUUUCAACUCACUCUUUUCAAUAUUUUGUGCCACCACACCAUUGUCUUUUCUUCCUUCUUCUUCCUCUCUUUCCUCUCCAAGAUUCGUGGCCUGUAUUUCAACUCACUCUUUUCAAUAUUUUGCCACCCAUCGUUCCUCUAUUGGUUUCUUCUUCUUCUUCUUUCCUUUCAAUGUCCAUCUUAGCUCAAAACAAGUUCCUUCUGAGCUCUCGAUCCCAUGUUAAUCCAUGCAGCACUCCGACUCCACGGAGAGUUGUCUACUGCAUAGCUAAUACCACAGUCAAUGGUGUUGGUACCAGUUCGAAGCAUGGUGAUGGUCAACUAGUCAUUGAACGUGAGGUUAUAUCUCCGAGUCCACUUACAUCGGUCAAUUCCUCCACCUAUUAUUCUGUUCUUAAUGACCCGAGUUUACGGUCAACUUGGAGUCAUCGUGCGUGGGUGGCUGGUGGGUGCACCACGGUGCUAAUCUCUUUGGCAAAAUCAAUAGUGGGUGCAGCCAGUUCACGUAUCUGGCUUGAGCCUGCUUUAGCAGCAUUGGUAGGCUACAUUUUAGCUGACCUUGGAUCUGGAAUUUAUCACUGGGGCAUCGAUAACUAUGGUGGUGCGUCAACCCCAAUCUUUGGUACCCAAAUAGAAGCAUUCCAAGGCCAUCACAAGUGGCCCUGGACAAUCACGAAGCGACAGUUCGCCAACAAUUUGUACGCUUUGGCACGAGCUGUGACUUUUGCUGUACUUCCUGUAAGCCUUGCAUUUGAUGAUCCCACUCUACAUGGUUUUGUUGGUGUCUGCUCAGGUUGCAUAAUGUUUAGUCAACAGUUUCAUGCAUGGGCUCAUGGUAAAAAGAGUGAAAUUCCGCCGCUCGUGGUGGCAAUGCAAGAUGCUGGCCUGCUCGUGUCACGAACACAGCAUGCUACACAUCAUCGUCCACCCUAUAACAACAACUAUUGCAUAGUAAGUGGAAUAUGGAAUCAGCUUUUGGAUGAAACAAAGGUUUUUGAGGCAUUGGAGAUGAUCUUGUACUUCAAACUUGGGCUGAGACCAAGAUCUUGGACUGAGCCUAAUUCUGAAUGGACUGAAGAGACCGAGAUUCUUGAACAAACUACAGCCCAUUAACCACAUUCUUCUUUCAUUCAUAUCAUGUUUUUCCUUGUAAGAAUAGAAGGAAACAGAAUUUAUUUGAAAUAUCUUCACAUGUAAACUAUAUAUGAUGUUUUUUUUUUAUUUGAAGACGUGUUUUUUCCUUUA